AUGGCUCCCAGACGACCAUAUACGUCCUUGUUCCCUAACAGCAUCAUCGACCCCGACCUGUGGAAGCGCUUCAUGGAAGAUGAGGAAAUCACUGCUGACUGUCCACCUCCAGUCAAGGACACUGCUGACAUGGCUUCCACGAAAUCGUCCCAAUCCAAGUCAUCCAAUGUCAGCUUGACUGCGUCUGAUCAAGAGCAGGCGAUCACGUAUAUCUUGGAGCAUUCAAUUGAAAGUAUCCUUCAUGAUCUUCUGCUUGAAAUCCAUCAAGACGAAAAGAUUGCUCGGAUGCAGACUGCCGUCCUUGAAGUCGAACAGAGAGCUGAGAAACUUACAAACAAGAACUCUCAAGAUGCCGAUGCCGACAAUACUGAACAAGAAGCUGUCGAAACUGAUGCUGCGGUGUUCAAGUCCGGUCAAGUUCAUCUCAAGGGCAAUCCGAUGAAGACAGUCAAACACAUCAGAUGUCCGAAUUGUCGUCUCCGCCGCUUGCUAUACCCUCGUGUUGGUUACAAUGCGCGUCCUGUCCCAGAUGCCACUGAACAGUACUGCAAGACCGAACCCAUGAUUGUUCUCGACAAACAUGAUGUGCAUGGUCAACGCAAAAAAGGAGUCAAAGUCAAGGGUCAGGCAAAGGGCAAGAACAAGAAGAAGAAGGAUGACCCAACCUCACCCGCUGCAUCCGAAAACUCAGAUCCACUGACUCCAUCUUCAUCCAUGCCCGCUGAGUCGUUUGAAUUCAAGGAGAUCGACUAUCCGGCUGCCAAAUGUCCAAAUCGCGACUCUCAUCUCGGUGAUCACUGGAAAUCCGUCAAUGUCUUUGCCACUCAUCUCAACGGAAGUUGCUACCUGAAGAAGGAUCGUGCGGCUGGCCGUGAAGCAAACGCGAAGAUUGGUGGUACUCCACGUGACAGCAGGGCCAACUCGCCGAAACCAAGCGGUGGUGCCGGCGUCAAGAGAAAGGCCGAGGACGACGAGAAGGGCACGGGCCCAGGCACCAAGAACAAGAAGCAGAGGACUGGUGCGGAGGGAAAGAGGGGGGACAAGAAGGCUCCUCCGAGCAAGUUGAAGGAAGUCAACAAUGUUGACGACGGCAAGGUGGGCGGAAGCCCGUUGAAGGAGGUCAACGGCGACACGACCCAAGCGACGCCAACCAAGGCGGCAAGAGACGCGAGCUCUGAGCCGCAAAUCAAGCUCAAGCUCAAGGCGGGGGCUGGCGGCGGUGCUGGAGAGGGGCCCGCUCGCAAGAGGCCGAGCAAGGCCAACAAGAAGGAAAGAUGA